ACGAAAGGGAAGCUGCCAUAAUAUUGAGACCAAGAACGUUAACGAAGUAAUGAGUUUCAAUUGACACAGCCUGAGCGUGAUCUUAUUUAGAGACCAUGAGCACAAGCAACUUGCACUGCAGCGGUGAUCGUAAGAUAAAUUAAUAUGUGCUAAUCUAAGGAAGGCAUAUAAUGAAUGGGGCAGUUUUACCAAACACUCCCAUCGCGGUGGAUUUCUGGUACACCAGACGGUGCAGCCAUGCCCGACUUUUCUUCCUUUCACACAUGCAUAGCGACCAUACCAUGGGCUUAUCUUCCACAUGGAUGCAUCCCCUAUACUGCUCACCUGUCACUGCAAAGAUUCUCAAACACAAACUACAGGUUAACAGCAAAUGGAUCAAGCCCUUGGAAGUUGGAGUAUGUCACAUGUUGCCAUUGGAUGAUAUUGGGGAUGAGACCGUGUCUGUCACUUUAAUAGAUGCCAACCACUGCCCAGGAUCAGUUAUGUUCCUGUUUGAAGGCUACUUUGGUACUAUAUUAUACACAGGUGAUUUCCGUUUCAGCCCAUAUAUGUUGGAUAACCCACCUCUUAAGAAUAAGAUGACAAUUGAUGUUCUGUAUUUGGAUAAUACAAACUGUGAUCCAGAUCAAGAAUUACCGUCACGCCAGGAAGCAACUGAACAGAUAAAGAACAUUAUCAAUAAGCAUCCUGGACAUGACAUAGUAAUAGGACUUUACAGCAUUGGGAAAGAGGAACUGUUGGUUGAAUUAGCCAAGACUUUUCAAUCUUGGAUUGUUGUAAGCCGUCAGAGACUUGAACUUCUUCAACUCUUGGAACUAGAAGAUGUUUUUACAGCUGAGGAAGGAGCAGGUAGAAUCCGUGUAGUUGAUCAAUCAGAGGUUAAAUUUUCCAACAUGGUCAAAUGGAAUCAGAUUUAUCCAACAGUUGCUAUUCUUCCCACCAGUCGCAAAGUAAAAAUCUGGCACACAAAUAUCCAUGUAGUUCCAUACUCUGAUCAUUCAUCCUUUAAAGAACUUGUUGAGUUUGUGUCAAGAAUAGACCCUUGCUCUAUCAUUCCUGUGGUGAAAAAGCAUGUAUGUGAGACCCUUUUCCAACAGUAUUUGAGUUCUAAGAACGAUAAAAAGCAUGUUGUUAAAAUUCCUGAAUCUGUGAAAGCCUAUAUGAUAAAGCAGAAGUCAUUUGGUACGUUAGAGACAAAACAUAUCUACAAGGCAUCCUUGCCUAGACGUGGACCUCGAGGUGUGGAGUUUGAGUCCCCUGAAAAAAGCGUUCACGGUGCUGAUGACUUUUCUGACCUUAAGGAUAAACAGAAAAGCACUCCAAAUUCACAGGAAAAAAAUAGUCAUUUCUAUUGGAGCCAUGAUAUUGCGGAUUUAACCUUAGAUAUAGCAGAAAAAAUAGGUCAAACAUCCCUGGAUGAGUCAAUGGUGCUUGUGUCAAAUCGAGAUAAGACUUCAUCUAAAUCAUCAAGUUUGAUAGAAGAAAUGCCAUCAGCAAUUUCAUUUUCCCCCAAAGAAGGAAAUGCCACUAUAAUGUCAAAUACUUCUAUGCUUUUUCCUGUAGCUACAUCUAAUGUUAGUCCCGACAUCUGCACAAAUCAAAAGAAAGUUUCACAUUACUUUCACACCAAAAGAACUGACAGUGAGAGACCUACUUUAACAUCCAGACUGUCUAUGUUACCAAGGAAGAAAUGGAGUGAUUUCGGACCUCAGACAUUUGAUUAUCGUGUUGAGAGAUAUUUUCAAGCACUUCAUUCAAUAAAACCGUAGAACAUACCAAAUCAAUGAUAAUCCAUGCACUUAACCCAUGAAUAUAUUUAUUGUACUGUGUUGUUAUAAAUUAUAUUUACAGAAGUAUAACGUGACCUUUUUAAAGAGAUAGUGAAUUCAAAAUUAAACUUUCAUGAUUUUGAUUUAACUACUUUUCAAUUAACUUGCAUUAUCUAAUUUACUUCAAUAUCUUAGUAUCUUUUGUUGAAAAGCAUACCUAGGUAGGCUCAGGAGUAGCAAUGCAUUGCUGGGAGCUAGCUGCUAAUCGGUGGCUGCACAUAUAUGCUUCUUCUCGUUUGGCUCACCUGAUGUGUUCAUCUAGCUCCCAGUAAUGCAUUUCUGCUACUUCAACAUAACAUUCCAAGAGGAUGAAGCAGAUUUGAUAACGGAGUUAAAUUGGAAAGUUUAUAUAAAAUGGUAUGCUCUGUAUCAUGAAAGACAAAAAGUGGGUUUCAAGUCAGGCUCAGGUUCACCCAUAUCAUACAUUUCUUAAAGAAAUGCCAUUUAAAACACCUUUUUCUAUAUAGGAGGUUGUUUCUAAUACAUUGUAGUGUUCUUUAAAUGUUAUGGACAACUACAGCUGUUUUAUUCUUACAGGUACUUGAAGUUAAAAAAUGUUACCAGAUGACCUAACAAACCUUGGUGCUCAUUUUUGAUGUUGGGUAACACCCUGUCUAACAAGUUAGCUAGAAGCAUAUAUUCUUUUUAGUGGCAACUACGUAAAUGUAAGUACUGCUCAGUAAUACAUAGUGCUGAUCUCUGUGUUACCGCAUCUUUAUUUGUACAUUGUCCAUUAUUUACUUUAAGACACACUAUUCUCAUAAUUGAAGAUAAUUCUGAAGCUAUUUUAUGAUUUUUGGAAGAUUUAAGGGACAUUCUUGCAAAAAUUGUAUAGCCUUACUAAUUAAAGCAUGUGGUAUUUGCAUUAUUGACCCUAGAUAAUUGUGGUUCUCCAAAAUGGUUAAUCAGCACUGUUUCUUGAGAAGAACCCCGCUUUUAUUUUUGGGGUUUUGUGCUUGCCCCUCCCCUCAUUGGUUAACCGAACAUGUUUUGCUUGGGAUCUGAAAUGCUUACAGUCCCUGUGCACAAAUGUAAAUGGAAAAAAGGAUAGACACACAGGUGAACAACGUCAUAUAGUUGGAAUGCUUUUUCCAUCUCAUAUUAAUUGAUAGAGUAUUAAUGAAUGUGUAAUUCUAUAGAGGGUAAAUAUCAGGCUAGCAAAAUGAGAAAAAAAAAGGCACCCUCUUCUGGAAACAUUUUUCAUCUGUAAGUAAUAAUGUUAACUCAAUGGAUUUUUUACACUUUAUUUGAAAUAUUUUUCUUUUCUCUUAAAUUUCACAUGAACUAAAUACAGGUUGAUGUUUUUUUUUUGCAGGGUUAACCAAUAAUUCAAAACAUUAAAGCAGAUUUAUAUGUUAAAUAUGUGUGUAUGUACAGUAUAUGUGUGUGUGUGUUUUUUUUUUAUCUACUACUUUACCAAAAUGUAACAUUGUGAAGUAAAUAAAGAAUGUUUUUUAGAA